CAUUGCCUACAUGGGAUGCUAGGACUGCAGAUAGAUUUUUGAAAGCAGUUUCCCAUCUGUCCCAGAUGUUUCAUGGAACAGUCACAGAAGAGCUAACCAGUCAUGAAGAAUGGAGUCACUACAAUGAUAACAUAAUAGAAGACCAAAAGGAUUUUGUUUUUGUAAAGUUCAAUGGCCUUCAUUUAAAAUCUGUGGAAAAUUUGCAGUCUUGUAUCUCUCUGAGAGUAUGUAUUUUCUCAAACAAUUUUAUUACAGAUAUUCAUCCACUUCAAAGUUGUUCAAAAUUGAUCAAACUUGAUCUGCAUGGAAAUCAGAUAAAGAUUCUACCAGAUGCCAAGUUUUGGAGUGGAAUGAAAAAUCUAAAACUCCUCUAUCUUCAUGACAAUGGUUUUACAAAGUUAAAGAACGCAUGUGAAUUAUCUGCCUGUCCAAACCUCAUUGCCCUCACUAUGUUUGAUUGUCCAGUAAGCCUUAAAAAAGGAUAUAGACAUGUUCUUGUUAACAGUAUAUGGCCUCUCAAAGCAUUGGAUCACUAUGUAAUUUCUGAUGAAGAAAUAAUUCAGAACUGGCAUCUUCCUGAAAGAUUCAAAACACAUAACCACCGACUUUACUUUAAUUUCUGCCCUGCCUUAAGAAAGGGAGCAACCUAUGAAGAUGAAAUUGAUAAUAUUAAAUAUACCAUUUCAAAAAUUAAUGAAAUUUUGGCUCAUACUUCACCAGUUUUGAUUGUUCAAAGAUGGAUACGUGGGUUCUUAGUAAGAAAAGCUUUGAGCCCCUUGUUUUUGCAUAAAAGACAUCAUCUAAAAAUUGUUAGAGAAUAUGAAGCAAAAUGGAUUUACGUAACUGAAACACAUGAAGAUAAACUCAUUAGAGAUGUCGUUUACCAGCCUGAAACUAAUAUAAAAGCAAACCUUGCUCAUUGGAAAUAUAAUGUAAAUUCUCCUGUAGAUUUAAAACAGUCUAGUAAGGACAGAGAACAUGUUUCCUCGAUUUUAUAUGGAUUAAAAACAAAAGAUAUCAGCUUGAAAUCAAAAAAGUCAAGAUAUCUCAUUCAAAGAGGUCAAAAGGAGCUUGAAGAUGAAACUGGUGAAGAUUUUGAUACCAGUUUUAGUGUGUCAGUGUUGAAAUUACCCAUCCAGACUUCAGGUUCAUUGAAGAGUGAUGCACCAUUGAAAGAGAAAAAACAGCUUUUACUUCCUGUGUGCACAAAGCCAUUUUCUACUACUCAUCCAAAGCCAAUAAUUAAAAAAGAAACAGUGUCAGAAACAAAUUUAAGGAACGAGUUUUUUGAAACACGUGGAGCCGGUAUAAAACCCCAAACAGUUAAUGAUAUUGAUAGAUACUACAAAGAGCAAAAGAAGCAAGAGUUCUAUAAAGAAAAAGUAACAGCGGUAGCCAUGGCAAAAGUUGCCCAGGAAAGGAUCAGCCUAACUGUUGAGGAGAACUUAAAUAAAAAAACGCAUGCAGCACAAAAACUAAGAGAAAGGGAUAAAGAGAUAGUUCAGAUUGGUUUGCAACAACAUUGUCAAGCCAGAUUCAACUACAUUGCAAAAGUUAGAGGGAGAAGAACUCUAUUUCUGGAAGAAAAAAAAAGAAAGGCUGCAGAACGUUUGUUAGUUCAGAACUUAAAUAAUGAGCGCGCACUUUUGACCAAAGGAUUAAUUAAAGUUGACAGAAUCAAGAAGAAAGAGGCUAACCUAAAAGAGAGACACCUGAUUUCUCUCAGAAAACUUCAAGAAGAAAAAAUCCAAAAGGAUUUACGUAAGAGAAUGAAGGAAUUCAGGGCUGAAGAAAUACAUAAAAGACACUGUGAAGAAAAGUUUGUUCUGGAUAUGAUUUCCUUUCAGAAAGCCUGUGAAAGGUUACAAGAAGCUAAAACAAAUGUUGCAGUUGUGAAAACAAAUAUAGGCUUUCCUCAUGGAGUUACAAAAUGA